AUGGACCGUCCCAAGGAAAAAGAUGUCCGAUACACUGGUCUGGCAGGUGGCAUAACGGGCUGUACAACUCGCUCAUUGUGUCAACCGUUUGAUGUCAUAAAAAUACGCCUGCAACUACAGGUGGAGCCAAUCCAUUCGCGAUCCUCAACAUCCAAGUAUCGCACAAUCCCCCAAACCAUUGCAACUGUCUACCGAGAAGAGGGAAUCCUCGCUUUCUGGAAGGGCCACAAUGCAUCGCAGGUUCUGUCGAUGGCCCAAGGAAUGGCGCAAUUCACAUUCUACGAACGAUUCAACAAAGUCCUCCGGGAAAUGGCGAUUUUUGAAGGACAUGAUCGCGCAAGAAACUUUGUGUGUGGAGCGUUCAGUGGGUCAUUUGCCACGUUCAUGGUGAUGCCGUUGGAUGUGAUCAAAACGCGAUUGGUUUCGCAGGAUCCAGAUGGGGGCUAUAGAAAUGCGUUUCACGCGGUGUCCAGCAUUUACCGGCACGAAGGUUUGCGCGGACUCUACCGAGGACUAGGACCGGCCAUCAUGCAGACAGCACCACUAACUGGCGGUCAGUUCAUGUUCUACAACCUAUUCGGAGACGUGAUCAAACGAUUGAAGAAAGUGCCACAGGAAGACAUAUUUGGUCAAGCGUAG